CUAGAGAAUAGAAGGUAAGAAUGCCUGCCCUAUAAUUCACAGCUCUGAGCGUCACGGGAACCACAUUGGGUUGCCUCGGGCUCCGUGACCAGUAUCAUGGCAGCCAGCGCACGGGUGCCAGCCUCAUCUCCCAAAGCCAGAAGCCGACAAGCUGGCAUAUCCCUGCGUCCUCUGUCACCGUCGUAUCCCAACCCCUCCAACCCCUUUAUGUUAGCUCCAAUCAAGCUAGGCGACGCUAUCACCUGCUAUUGCCCAGCUGUCGGAAUGUCAAUUGGUGUUUUGAACUCGGCCACUAACAGAACCUGCGACAACAGCAAACACGAUUGUACGACGUUAUAGCAGCAGCCGCCAUGUCUGACGCCGAGGUUUUCGACGCCGCCCAUGCUGACGAUUCUAUCCUUUCGGGCGAGGAAACCACCGGCACUUCGGGGACAGCUGCGGCAGACUCUCCCAAGUCGACGGCUAAGUCUACGUCGAGUACUACCAAGAGUGAGGCCGCUGCGCCCAAGCGUGUUGGUACCACGACAUCUACCGUCCGCCGCCCUGGUACUGCUACCUCGACAACGACCUCGCGGGCUUCUGCUGUAGGCACCACCGGCACGACCCGCACCAGCGGCUUGACCAAGCCUCCCACUCGCCCGCCGGCGGGCACUACCAGCACCGUGAGAAAGCCAGCCACGGCGACUUCAUCGUCCCUCAGUCAUCGCUCCCAGCCGUCCGUCUCGGAAGAUGAGAAGAAGCGCACCAUGACCUCGGCAGCGGCGCGUCGCACAUCGACCGUGCCUGGCAGCAGCCUCGGAUCCCCGUCAAGAACAACAACAACGACAACCCGACCAUCCGCGACCUCGUCAACCGCCACCUCGACUGUGCGAAAGCCCGCUACCACCACCACCACCACCGCCGCACCCUCGCGCACCAGCACCAUCAGCCGGCCAGCAACAAGCACUACCAGGACUGCUGCGCCAGCGAGCACUACCGAUGCCGCGAAGAAGCGGCUCUCGACUGUAUCCUCUGCAGCCUCGACGACCACUGCUCGGCACGCGCCUCGUCCUUCCGUCUCCGGCGCUGCCCCCUCUGCUUCCUCCAAGCAGAUUGAGGAAUUGAACGCCAAGUUGGCCGAGAAGCAGUCCGAGGUCGACUCGCUCAAGGAGCAGAUUGCAGAUUCCGACUCCAAGAUCGCCGAACUCGAGGAGAGGAUCAGCUCGACUACCAACGGCGCCGGAUCGAAGGAUGAUAACAGCUCCGAGGAUCACGAGGCCGCGAUCGAGGAGCUCAAGGCUGCUCACGCCGCCGAGAAGGAAGACCUUGAUGCCCAGGUCAACUCCGCCCUGGAGAAGCUCACGAGCACCGAGGAGGAGCUCGCCUCGUUCAAGCAGCAGCUCGCUGAGCUGAACGCUGCGAAGGGAGGCAAAGACACUGAGCUCAGCGAGCUCCAGAGCAAGCUCGACGCGCUCCAGCUCGAUAGAGACUCUGGUGCCAAGGAUAGCGAGGCUGCUCUUGCCAAGGCGCAGGCUGAGAAUGCCACCAAGCUCGACGAGCUGCAGAAGGCUCUCGAGGACGAGCACCAAGCUGCGAUUGCCGCUCUGAAGGAGGCUCACUCGGGCGAUCUGGAGCAGGGUAAGACUGCCUCUGCCGAUCUGGAGAAGGCCAUUGCCGAGAUCAAAGCCACCAACGAGACGCUGCAGAGCAAGAUCGACUCUCUCACUGCAGAUGCCGAAGGGGAGGGCGCAGCCAAUUCCGAGAAGAUCGCUACGCUUGAGGCUGAGCUCGCAGAGCUCAAGGCCGCUUCGGCCAAGGACAAGGAGGCUCUGGCGGCUGCUGAGGCUGAGCUGGCCGAGGUCAAGACCAAGCUCGCCGAAUCGCUCGCCAUCGUCGAGGCCACCAAGGAAGAGCUUGCCAAGUUCAAAGCGGACUUUGAUGCCAUGCAGGGCGAGUUGUCACAGGCCAAGGAGAGCGCCACGUCAAGCGCGGGCCUCUCAGGCCAGAUCACCGAGAUGCAAGAGGAGUACGAGAAGCUGAAGCAGGAGCACAAGACCUCCAUGGCCACGCACGAGAAGCAGCUGCAGCAGAUCUCGAAGGACUACGAGGACGAGAUCGAGAGCCUAAAGGGCGACGCCUUCUUCAAACGCAAGUUCCAGGUGCUUGAGGAGGAGCACAACGAUCUUGUAGCGAAGCACAGCGAGCUCACCGAAGGCAACACUGGCUUGCAAAGCAAGCUCGAUGAGCUCACCCAAUCUCACGCCAAGGCCUCGGAAUCUCACGGCGAGGAGCUUAAGUCUUUGAAAACUGCGCACCAGUCUGCCGUGGAGGCGUUGGCUGCUAAGGAAGAGGAGCACCUCAAGGCCCUCGAUGCACUGCGGGCCAGCCACGCGAUGGAGAUUGAGGCAGCCAAGAGCGGUGCUUCGGCUGACCGCGAUGCUCAAGUUGCUGAGCUCGACGAGCUCAAGGCUAGCCACGCCAAGCAGAUUGAGAUUUCCAAGGCUGAGAGCGAAGCUGCUCUGGCCAAAGAGCUCGAGGCCCUCAAGGCCAGCCAUGCCAGCGAGCUCGAGGCGCACACCCAGAAAACCGAGUCUCUGAUUGCUGAGCUCAAGUCUAGCCAUGCGCAGCAACUGGCCGAGACCGAGGCGGAGGGCAGCAGCCACGCAACUGAACUCGCCGCUCUCAAGGAGGCCCUCACUGCCGCACAGGCUGAUCUCGCGGCCGCCAAGACCAGCCACGCCGCUGCUCUUGAGGCUGCUAAGAAGGAGACCGAGGAGGCUCACGCGGCCGAGAUCGAGAAGCUGAUCACGAUGCAGUCCGAGGCCGUCGAGGCGGCGCGGAACGACUCUUCUGCCGCAAACAAGGAGGCGCUUGACACCAUGGAGGCCCGCCACGCCAAGGCUCUGCAGGACCUGUCCAAGUCGCACGAGGAGAACGUCACGGCCGCGAACGAGCUUGUCGCCGCGUACAAGAGCUCCUCUGAGGAGAACGAGCAGGCGCUUGAGGCUGCCAAGGAUGCCCUGGUUGCCGCUCAGGAGCAAGUUGUUGGACUCGAGGCCCAGCUUGCCAAGGCUAAGGGCCAGGCCGCCGAGCUCAGCAGCGUCCAGCAAGAUGUUGAGGAGCUUCGGCAGCAGCUUGCCGAGGCCAAGAUGAACAACGUUGAGCUCAUGGCCGAGCUUGACUCUGUCAAGAACCAGAAGCCCGACACUUCUGUUGCCGACGGCCUGAAAGCCCAGCUGGAAGCGCUGAAAAAGGCUCAUGCCGAGGAGCUCAGUGGCGCAUCUGCAAAGUCUACCGAGACGCUCGGCGCCAUCCAGAAGGAACUGGAUGCCGCCAAGCUGGAGCUCAAGUCUUUGCUUAGCCAGGUCGACUCGUCCAAGGAGGAUGCCCUCCUCGCUCAGAAGGAUCUCGAGGCCCACCUCAACGAGGCCGAGGCCAAGAGCAAGAAGGCCGAGGCCGACUACAAGGACAUGACGGAGACCUUUACCGCCAUGGUGGAGGAGCAGCAGAAGAAGAGGGAGCAGGCGGAGAAGGAGGCCGCAGAUGUCAAGUCGCGGUUUGCCGAGAUGGAGGCUCAGCUCAAGGUCAAGGAUGCCGAGAUUGCCGAAGCCAAGGCCUCUGCGGGCUCGAAGAAGGGCCUCUCGGCCAGCCGAUUUGCCGACGAUGAUGACGAGGAUGCCACCAAGGACGGCGAGGACGCGGCAGGAGGUGAGGAGCCAGACAAUUCCUCGGCAGCAAUCAGCGCGCUCGCUCAGGCUAACUUGACGCUCAAGGGCCUGCAGUCGAUAGACAACGACAUGCGGCAGCGUAACCUGCAGAUGCUCAAGUCGAUGGCACAUGCGAAGCAGCAGAGUUCCUAGGCCGAGUUCUGCGAGGAUCCUUUCACCAAGACAUUCUUCCUUGUGCUGUAGACUGAGGAAGACCGGGUCCGUUGGUAAUGAUGCGGACGGCAGAGGAUGUUUUUGACCUGGAAGGGGGGUGAUGAAGGACGUAUAUAAUGUAGCGAGGUGCGAGAGGUGUAUCUAUGCGGAAUGCCGUUUCGCUGAGGAGGAGCAGCGCAGUCACUUCUGGUUGUUGUUGUCUUUUUAAGGUGGGAGGAAAAUACCCUGGUCGAGAGUACAGAAUUUACAUGGUUUUGACAUGCAGAAUUGGGGUUGGUGACUUUGUCGCCCUUGUGAUUGCCAAGGCCAACAACGAGCAAGGCUGGCACCAGAUGA